UUUAUUCUUUCUCGAUCCAUUAUGCCGAAGGGAGCGGAGCCAAAAUACACGAACAGGACUCCAACAACCACUCCCUCCAAACCAGACUUGCGAAAGGCUCUUAUCGCACCUUCAGCCUCGGGGGAGAAAAAAUCCCGAAAGCGAAAAGGGAAAUGAGAUCAUUGCACAACUGGGCUUGGUCUCGGCUGCCCAGCGAUAUCGGCAAUCCGGUGCCGUAGCUCCGGCUUCCUCCUUUCCGCAAGGCGGCCAUGGAGUGCCGGGCUGUGCUGCUAUUAUACGCCUGCUUAGCGUUGCAGUUGACGGGGCCACAAGCGAGGAAGGACCGCGGGGAAGAAGAGGCUGGGAGCGUGGAUUUCCUGAGCCGGCUGCAAUACGAGGGUUUGCAGGAGCGGCUGGGGGCCGUGCGGGACGCUUCCCGUCGCUACUGGGACUCGCUCGCCUGCCAGAUGUGGCAGGAAGGCUGCGAGGAAGAGGAGGAACGGAGGACGCAGGGCGAGGAAGGCAGCGGAGGGAUCCUGGGGCAGCACGAUUGGAAGUUACCUAUGAUGACUGAAUUAGUCUCUACCUGGUACUGUGGCUUUGGCAGGUGCUGUCCAACAGGAGACUGCAGAGUGGUCAACAAUAUCACAGGCUUGGAACUGGUUCUGAGCAAACGACUCCAUGGCCAGCAUUUGGCCAAAAUAAUCGUCCUGAAAGCCGUUCAGGAUUUCUUGGAAACACCACAGCCAAAGAAAGCCCUGACUCUUUCUUUUCAUGGCUGGUCUGGUACUGGCAAGAACUUUGUAGCCCGUUUAAUGGCAGAGCAUCUUUAUCGAGAUGGCCUAAAAAGUGACUGUGUUAAAAUUUUCAUCUCAGUACUUCAUUUCCCUCAUCUCGAUUACAUGGACCUUUACAAGGUCGAUCUAACAAAACAAAUCACUGAGACCGUUAAACUCUGUGAACAAUCCUUGUUCAUCUUUGAUGAAGCGGAGAAGCUUCACCCUGAUCUCCUCAAAGCCCUCGAACCAUAUGUGGGUCACAAUGGCAAUGCUGACGAAGUUGAUUAUCGGCGGUCCAUCUUCUUAUUCUUAAGUAACACUGGUGGAAACAUCAUCAAUAAGGUGGCCCUGGAUUUCUGGCAAGCUGGUCAAGCUAGGGAAGAGAUCACCAUGGAAUAUUUAGAACAAUUCCUGCGGAGAGAGCUGCUGGAUGCCCCAGAUGCCCACAAUUUCCUUCUUCAGGAGAAUCUCAUAGACUUUCUGGUACCUUUCCUGCCUUUGGAAUAUCGCCAUGUGAAGCUCUGUGCUCGGGACGCUUUUCUUGCUCGAGAUCUACCGUUCACGGAAGAGACGCUAGAUGAAGUUGCAAGGACACUAUUUGCUCCAAAAGGGAAGACAUUGUUUUCUGCUCAAGGUUGCAAAUCAGUAUCUCAGCGUAUAAACUAGUUUCUUCUUUGACAGGGGAAGGUGAAGAUGAUUUGAGUUUGUUCUCUUUUUAUCUUAUACCAGGGACACAUAUUUUAUUUAUUACACUAACUAGUGUAAUAUUAACUACAUUCCCUAUAUUAUUGGGGUUGCCCAGCUAAAAAAAGGUAAGAAAACUCCAUUAUGGAUAUGGAAUCUACAUGAAUGGUAUUACUGAAAUAGUAAUAUAUCCAGAAUAUUUUUCUAAUACGGGUUACAAAUGAUGCCUUUGGAUCACAUAUUAUUUAUCCAUUACAUUGAGUGUGUUUUUAGACAGCCUGGGGAGGAGACCCCCAUUCUACAAGAUGUGAGACUGACUUAAUUUUAUUUCCAGGUCUUAGGUAGUUGACAAUGAUUUGAAUCAAGCAAUUUCCUAGCCUGCAUUCUUGGUUGUGUGGCUGGGUGAGGAGCUAUCGUAUUUCCUUAUAAUGCAAUCUACCUCUUCUUCCACAAUCCUGGUGUCGAAUUAAGGUAUGAAGGAAAGAUUUCGUCCCUUAUUAGAGGCUUGGUGUCAAUCGUUGUUUUAUUUAUAUAUAUACAUAUACAUAUAUAUAUGUGUGUGUGUGUGUGUGUGUGUUUUAUUUGUGCUGA